AUGGCCUCUGAGUUGGAGCUUGCCUGCAUCUACCCGGCCCUCAUCCUGCUGAUGGACGAUGAGGUGAUGGUCAUGGAGGAUAAAAUCAACGCUCUCAUUAAAGCAGCCGGUGUAAAUGUUGAACCUUUCUGGCCAGGCUUGUUCGCAAAGGCCCUGGCCAAUGUCAACAUCAGCAGCCUCAUAUGCAGUGUAGGAGCUGGUGGACCCGCCCCAGGAGCUAGUGCUGGACCAGCAGGAGGUCCUGCCCCCUCCACCACUGCCGCCCCAGCUGAGGAGAAGAAAGUGGAAGCCAAGAAAGAAGAAUUGAGGAGUCUGAUGAUGACAUGGGCUUUGGUCUUUUUGACUAAACCUCUUGUAACAUGUUCAAUAAAAAGCUGA